UAGUUUCCCAAAAUCUAACAAAUUUACUGGCAUGCAACAUGGCAUGCUUACAAAUGCAUCUGCUACGCGAAUCUGAUCAUUGCAGUAUUUAAUUAUCUCUAGUCUUGUUAAGGGAAAACGGUACCAGGCAAUAAGUCAGUUAACUUUGAGCAUUAUCUAAAUAACGGUGGAUUUUUAGCAGCCAUCUUGUAGUUAUUUGGCGCGCACACCAAGACAUUCGUGUGUUCUUUUGUACAACAUGGCUAACGAAAUUGUGCUAACGUCAGCACUUCAGUGUUCAAUUUCUUACUACGCGACGUUUUCCGAGACUUUUUCAAUGAGUUAGUUACAACACUUUUGGGUAAACAAAUAACUUUUUGGAUUUAAUGAAACUGUUAUUUGAAGAAUGCGAUAAGGUUUUCCAGUGAUCAGUUAUAAAGCUCCCGAUUCCUGUAGCCAACAUACGGAGUCACGUGAUCAAACAGAGUAAAAAGCCAUGAAGAAUACAAGUGGAGAAAAUCAAAAAACUUCAUGCGCCAAGAUAAACUUGAAUGUCGAAUUCAUGAUUGAUUGAUAACAUCUACCGCGCCACACACAAACACGCGAGUAUAGAAGGGACUAACAAAAUAUUAUAAAUUUAUUUAUCUUUUAUUUGUUCUUUUUUUUUAAGAAAGGACCAUCGUAAAAUAGCUAAUGCUCGCUUCUCUUAUAAAAUUCGUAAAUUUUCUAAGCGUGCUCAAAUACAACCUUUCACUUUGCUAUAAGAUAAAAAAAUGUUCAUGCAUAAAAAAUCGGGAUGCUUCACGUUAGAGCAGGGAAACGUUUGUGAUGUUUUUAUCUAAAAAACAAGGACUGGAUAACCCGCAAUAUAACACCAAAAAACGAUACUCCAAUUAGAAAAUCAAUCUCCAAUACACGAUUGUCUUAAGUGGUAAAGGUUUCCCCGUUCUCAGCUGGUAUUUAAAGCUGUUUUCAUUCAGUGACGCUAUCGAUCACCUUCCUUUGUGAAUGAUGGCUCCAGGGAUGACGUCAUUCAUUCACGACAUCGCAUUUUUCACAACUAGCCAGAAGACGGCCAAAGCCUUUAAAAAUUAUAAAAUUAAAAAAAUCCUUUUUUAUUUUGGGUUUAAAGAUUAAUAGCAUCAUCAAGACAUUUCCAGACUUUUCUAUAUUCAGAAGGGGAUUUGGAUAAUUCUACAAGCGUCGAUUGCAUGACAAAACCCUGGAGGCAAAAUGAAGAGUGAAUGGCAUUUCAACCCUAUUAUAAUAAUAAUUAUAAAAAAAAGUGACAGCAUUAAAAUGCCUGACGAAGGAAAGUUAGACACAAUUUUUAUUCAUUUUUAAAACUAUACCAUUUCCAAUUACCUUUUUUCUACGCUUCAACUCUCCAUAAGAAGACAAACUGAAUAAAAAAAAACAUUAACAUAGCGAAAGGAUAGACACAGAAGAUAGAUUCAGAACUGUUUUUUUUUAAAGGCGUCAGUAAGCAAAAAGCAAUCUUUCAAUUAAUCACACAGUACCAGUUUAAACGCUUAUCUUUCGCUAAUUAUAACAACAGAGUUUGUAGAAACAAAUUUACAUUUAUGAAAUACAAGGAAAAGAGGCAAUUCUCUUGCCAGAACACAAAACAAGAGAGAAAAAGGAGCUAUACUGAUUAGAUUAAAACCCCAAUAAAAUUUCGAAAACAACUUUUUUGUACGUUGUCUUAAUUCUACUCUAAUGCGUUUCGUGGGCGGACAAAAGUAUUUCGCACGACAACGAGAAACCGAGGGAAAUGGCGGGAAAAUCGAGUAUUCGUGUUUGCUAUGAAAACGGCGGGUAGAACUCUAGGCGUUCGUUUACUAGAAUAAGUUAUCUUUUAGUACAUCUUUUUUGUGAAAAGUGCAAUCGUCAUUUAGUCUAAUUGAUCAAAUUUACGUUAUUUUUAAAUAGAUAAAUCCUUCUUAAAACUUUAGGUCAAAUAAUGAAACCAAAAUAAGCACAUCUUUGAAUUAACAAGUCUUUAGUUUAAAAACACCAUGACUUCACUAAAUUCGACUAGAUCCGUUGAUUCACUUUCCAUUAUAUUCUAAGGAGGCCUAUCAAAAUUGUCUUGAAUAUGUUUGCGGCAAAGGGUUGAUAUGGACACGGUUGAUUAUUCGACGGAUAAAUCUUUUAAUUGGCCUAAUUGACCAGACUUGAGUCAUAUAAAAAGCUCAUUCACUUAGGUUGCCUAGAACCGUUUAGUCUUUGAAGUAAAAUGUAAGGUAAUUGAUUUACCAAGGUUGUCUAGCUUUUCUUCAAAACACUCGAUGUGCUAGCCACGCCAUCCAGUGCCAGUACCGACGCCAUCAUACAACUAGUCGCAGUGCAUCCAUUAAAAAAAGAACGAUGAACUUCACGACAUUAGGGCCAAGCGAAUUUCUCAACGGGACAAGCAAUUUAACCACAAAUGGAUCCGCUUUGGGUCCUGAAGGGAUGGCAAUGCUUCUGGCGAAGGAACCCCUUUGGUCGCUAGUCAUUCGCUACAUCCUCUCUUCUGCAAUCUUUCUUGUCGGUGUGGUUGGCAACAUCCUCGUGUGUGUGGUCGUCUACAAAAACCACAGAAUGCACACCGCCAUGAACAUGUUCCUCGUGAACCUCGCAGUAUGUGACAUCUUCGUGUGCGUCUUCAACAUCAUCUUCACGCUUAUUUACUUUCAAUUACAGUACUGGCCUUUUGGCCUCGUCUGGUGUAAGAUGCUACCGACUUUACAGAUCACUAACAUCUCUGCGUCUACGGGCUCCUUGGUUGCCAUGACAGUCGAGAGAUACCGUGCCAUUUGCAUGCCCAUGUCGAACCCAAUCUCCCGAACGCACGCCAAGCUCGCUAUCGCCCUUGCAUGGAUGGUUGGUUUCUUCGUCGCACUUCCUGAGGUAGGCGCGUACACACUCACCGGAGAAUACGGUUGCGGAGAACAAUGGCCCAUUCCUGAGCUUCAAAAGAUCUACUCAAUGUUCCUAUUCAUUGCCAUCUACGUAGUCCCUCUCCUUAUGCUGUUACCCGCAUACAUUCGUAUGAUCCUCAAGCUAUGGAUCGUUCAAGAAGAGGUGACGGUAGCGUCCAGCGGUAUAUCACAAGACCCGCAAUCGAUCAAGAGAAGGAGAAACGUUCUGAAGAUGAUGGCGAUCGUAGUGUUAUCUUACGGAGUGUGUCUGAUGCCUUAUCAUGCGGCCUUUAUCUGGUAUGACUAUGGCACAGGCAGCAUCACCCCUUGGUUUUGGAUACUUCUCUGCUACACCCAAAUCAUCUCGUGGUUCAACAGCUGCGUCAAUCCAAUUAUUUACUGGUUCUUCAGUGAACAAUUCUCCAAAGAGUUCAACAAAAUUCUCGGCUGCAAUAAAUUAAAGAGACUGCGAAAGCUCUCCUUCACACACAGUUCUUCAGAACAACAUCAACAAUUAUAUACAGCCAAUACUACGGUGAAGAACGCAUCUAGAGCAUGAAUACAAUAGGCGGAUAAACUACGAUAUAUUCUUGGGCGUGGUUUCGGUUAAAGUUACUGCCUGAUUCUGCCACUCAAUGUUCCAUGAAGAAGCCAGGAAUCACGUGAAAAAUAGAACAGGUUAUGUGUGCGAGAACAUACAGCUGGAAAAUGAACGCAGGCACCUAUUAGACAAGUAUAUAGCCGUUAUGCUAUAUUGGCAACUCCGACUAUGAAAAUAUGGCUUACAAAAACAUGUGUGUUGGUUAAUGUUAUCGUUAACAAAAGAUUUUAAAAAGAAAUCGACACAUUCAUUAUUGAAAUUCGUUAAUCAUUUAUUAUCUUCGCAUCAUUAUUUUAUUAUCAUGAAAGGGAAAUUCGUUAUUCAUUUGAUAUCUUUGAAAUAUCUACAAAAUAAGUUAAACUUUAGUCGACGACACUAUUUUUUUUAAACGUAAAAUCGAAAUUAAAACAAAACAAAUAAUGAACCUUACCAUAAUCUAAAGUAUAAAGGAUCAGAAAGUAUGUUAUUGUUCACGGUAACUUUAAUGUUUUAUCGUUUUAUAAGCUUAUUUCUUCUAAAGAUAAGAAAGAGAUUUUACCACUAAAGAACGGAGAAAUUUCAUAAUUUAUAUUUUUUGUGCACUAUCAAUUUCAUGAAUUUUACACACAUCCUGGAGUGUUUGUAUUUUGAGCAGCAGUUUCUUAAUCAUUUCAAUUAGUUUAGAGUUUUUUAUAACUUGUUUCCCUUGAUGAAGCCCUCUAAAACUCCUAUUCAAAUGCUGAAAACUCGCGAUUUUUAAGAGACAUGAAUGAUUCGUCCAGAAAAUAGUAGAAAGGGUUAUUGCGAACUUAAAAUUAUAUUCUAGUAAGUUGAUCUCGAUGCGUACUAAAAUAUAAUUAUAAUGAUAUGAGAAAUUAAAGCAAUGGAAUAGGGUGGUUGUGAAAGUUAUAGAAUGAAGUGAAAAAAAAUGUUUGUAACAUUUUUGUUGGUUAAAUAACUAACAAAAAAAGAAAAAAUAUGUAUUUACUUUAUUGCUAACAAUGUUUUAAAAAGCUGCAAUACAGCUUAAUUGUAGUAAAUUACAGUCACAAUUUCAAAAGUACUUUCUAAGCAAGAAAAAUGUUCCUUGCUUAAAAAGAACAAACUCAGUUGUCAACACAACCAAAGUCAUAAUACCAAAUUGUAGUUGUCCAUGGUAUGGAAGAGAAAAUGGGCAAAAGUCAAAAUAUAAAGGUGCUUUCGAAACGUUAGACUGAAGCAGUGAAAUUAUGCUUUGUAUUAUUUAAUUGUUCCUACUUGUAGGCUCUGAGGCUCAUCCAGGGAUUGAAGAUAAAUUUUAAGUAUAAAGUAAUUUUCAUGUAAAAAAAGGCUCAAUUCCAGCCGUUUCUGUCAACAUGCAGAACAUAACUGCACAUCUAGCUGAAUUUUGAGCCAUGGACAAGGUAUAAUAGGGGGAUUUGCGCUAAGAGAUCACUUGACUGUUCGUGUGACAACCAAGCACGCGCUCAGGCUUUUAGCGGGAAAAUAACAGUAACAAAAAACAACUUAUUCAGUGCUUACGAAAAAAGCCAGAAUUCUUUUUAUUUCAGAAAGGGUUUAGUUUCAUUUACAGAUAUUAGUUUUACUAAUAUCUGAGUUUUUAAUCUUAAUCUUUAUCGUUUUUAAUAUAUUAGUUUUACUAAUAUAUUAGUUCUCUGGUGUGACAGCGCAGUCAUUUCUGAUUUUUUUGUUUGAUUAUUUUGAUUUGAAUUUGCCACCCAGAAAGGUCAUGUGAUCUCUUAGGGAAGUCCCCAAUUGUGGAGUUGCUAUGUCUUGAAAUUCAGGAAUGAUUUUGCAAUCACAAGGAAAAAGGUUAAUUCCGAUAAAGUAGUAAGUAACAAGUAUCCAUAGUAUAUCCUAACUAGCUUGUUUUUUUUUCAUUCUCUUUAAAAAGAAUAUGUAGCCUGGAUUUGCCUUUUGGCAUUAGUUAAAUUCCUUGCACUAUACCCAUACCGGAAGAUGUAUAUAGUCUAUUUAUUGUGCAAAAAAGUAAAAAAUAAACAAAAAGGAUGAAGA